GUUGAGAAAAGAGUACAACGAGGACGUUGCAACUCGUCACUGGCAGAACCAUCGGGAAAACAAGAUGUGGAGAAACUCCCUAAGAAAAACCAAAUUCAUGAGUGGAGAGCUAGAAUUCUUACUGUGGAGAAGAGGUUUAAGUUCGUCAGGCUCGGGAGAGCCCACCAGGAGAUUUGCUGCGGUGUGGGGGAAUGGGGAUUAUGGGCGGUUGGGUGUUGGAACUUUGGACUCUCAAUGGAGACCUAAGCCUAUCCAUUGCUCUUCCUUUCAGGACCAAAGCCUCAAGUCCGUUGCCUGCGGUGGCGCCCAUACUCUCUUCUUAACAGAAAGUGGGAGGGUUUAUGCCACUGGUCUCAAUGAUUUUGGACAGCUAGGUUCGUCAGACUCUAUGAAUUACACUCCAGAGCCAAUUGAAGUUUCAGGACUUACAAAGGAAAUUGUGCAAAUUUCUGCUGGUUAUCAUCACUCUUGUGCUAUUACAGUGGAUGGGGAGCUUUACAUGUGGGGGAAGAACUCAAGUGGACAGCUUGGACUUGGAAAAAAGGCUGCAAAAGUGGUUCAUGUUCCAACCAAAGUAGAAUGCUUGAGUGGGCUUACAAUUAAGACAGCAGCUUUGGGUUCAGAGCACACUGUUGCUGUUACUGAUGGAGGUGAGGCCUUAAGUUGGGGAGGAGUAGCAUCUGGAAGACUUGGUCAUGGCCUUGAGCCAAGCAUUUUUGGGUUCUUAACAAGCACCAGUGAAUAUACACCGAGGCUUAUAAAGAAAUUAGAGGGUAUCAAGGUUACAAGAGUUGCAGCUGGGUUGCUGCAUUCAGCAUGCAUUGAUGGUAUUGCAGAAAAUGGGUCUUUAUUCAUAUUUGGCGAGAAAGUGGUAACUGAUCUUGGCUUUGGAGGGGCCAAGAAUGCAACAAUGCCAUCCAUGAUCAGCGCAUUGCCAUAUUCAGAAGCAGUGGCAUGUGGUGGCUACCACACGUGUGUUGUAACAAGAGGUGGGGAACUUUACACUUGGGGCUCAAAUGAGAAUGGUUGCCUUGGUAUCGGUUCUACAGAUGCUUUUCAUUUACCAGAAAGAGUUCAAGGUCCUUUUCUGAAAUCUCCUGUUUGCAAGGUCUCUUGUGGUUGGAAGCAUACAGCAGCAAUUUCAGAUGGCGAGGUCUUCACAUGGGGUUGGGGAGGUUCUGAUGGAACAUUUUCUGAAGAUGGGCAUUCUUCUGGUGGACAACUGGGCCAUGGAAGUGAUGUAGAUUACAUAAAACCUACAAUGGUCCACUUUGGGGAAAAUGUUAAAGCGUUGCAGAUAUCAUGCGGAUUCAAUCAUACUGGUGCCAUACUUGAAUACAUGUAAGCUUCGGCUUUAAGUUUAGCACGUGAGAUGUGCUUUUUUAUAUAUUUUUUUGGUGCGCAGACUGAUGGGUUGCAUUCUUUCGUCUAUCUGCUGAUUCUUUUAUAAUGUAAACAGCAAUAUGUUGUCAUUUAACAAGUCAACUAUACGUACCUGUUUAUACUUGUCCACUCUAGAAGAAUGACACACUUAAUGCAGUGGAUGGAAAUCUUAAUACUUUCAGCAUGUAAAACAGUGUGUAUAACAUAUAUUAUAUAUUCAAUAAAAGAUCAAGUUAUAGAAA